UCCCCGCUGUUAAAAAUGGUAAAUCAAAUACAGUUGAUGUUGUGUCGGCGCAGUAAUACAACAACCACCGUCCGGUCCGGUGCAUCGAAUUUUUUUCGUAUUUCCGAUUCCGUUGCGGACCGCGGUUGUGCUCGGUUAUAGCGUUAUAGGUAUAUCACUGCACUAUUACAUUAUAGUUAGACAUAAGAGUUAGGUGUUGGCAGGUAUAAUAUUAUACUCGUAUUGUAUUCUCUGCGUUAACUGUAAACGGCGGCCGCCACAUGACUGUUAGUCGUUUCCGGUUUUCGUGUCCGGUCGCAGCCGUGGUCGUUUUGCUACUGUUGCAAGUACUGCUCAUCCCGGCGCUGACAGAAGCAUCUCCCGAUCGGUGCCGGCUGGUCCGUUCUCUCCGCGAUGAAAUCGCCGGAUAUCGCCCAGUUGUCAAACGCGUACUCUCAUACGUUCAGGACCAGAAAGGCUACAAGGGCAAGACAUGGACCGCCCUGUCCGAGUUCACUGAUACGUUCGGCUCCCGGUUGGCCAGCACUCAAAACCUCGAGAAUUCUAUCGACUUUAUGCUGAACAGACUUAGGGCUUGGGACCUAGACAAUGUACACGCCGAACGCGUCAUGUUUACAGGAUGGCAAAGACGCAAGGAAUUCGCUACGUUGGUGAGUCCGAGGGUCAAGAACCUAGCAAUGUUGGGACUGGGUGGUAGUGUCAGCACGGCUCCGGAAGGAAUCAGGGCUGAAGUGGUGGUGGUCACCUCGUUCGAAGACCUCAUCAAUAAAUCUUCACAGGUCAGCGGUAAAAUCGUCGUGUACAAUCAACCGUACGUGUCGUACGGGGAAACUGUGGUGUACAGAUCGAUGGGAGCGAGUGCGGCGUCCAAGUACGGUGCCGUGGCCACGUUGAUCCGAUCUAUCACUCCGUUCUCGUUGAACUCACCGCACGCCGGCCAUCAGAGUUACAGCGAUGGCGUGAAAAAGAUACCUACUGCCUGUAUUACGGUCGAGGACGCCGAACUCUUGAACAGAAUGUACAACCGAGGCUCCAAAUUGGAGAUUUUUUUGAAAAUGGACUCAAAGUUCUUUACCAACGCGACAUCUAGAAACACUGUUGCCGAAAUCAAAGGCACGACAGAUCCCGAUAAAAUUGUAUUGGUAUCAGGACACCUGGAUAGUUGGGACGUCGGGCAAGGUGCGAUGGACGAUGGUGGCGGCGCGUUUAUAAGUUGGAACAGUCUCGUCGUACUGAAAAAUCUUGGGCUUCGACCCAAAAGAACGAUAAGAUGUUUAUUGUGGACAGCUGAAGAAGAGGGAUACAUAGGGGCCUAUGCAUACUUAAAAGGACAUAAAUCAGAACUCGAAAAAUUUAAUUUGGUCAUUGAAUCGGACGAAGGGACGUUUCAACCGUACGGAAUUCAGUUUCAUGGUUCUGAAACAUCCGCGUGCAUUAUGGCCGAAGUGGCAAAAUUAUUUGACUCCAUCAAUGCAACUGCCAUGCAAUCCAGUAAAGAUAACGUUGGUUCGGACAUCGAGGUGUUUGAAAAUUUGAAUAUACCCGGUUUGAGUUUGUUGAAUAGAAACGAAAAAUAUUUUUGGUAUCAUCAUACAGAAGCAGAUACGAUGACCGUUGAGGAUCCAGAUUCGUUAGACUUAAACACUGCAAUGUUUGCAGUUAUAUCGUAUAUCAUUGCUGAUUUAUCUGUAGAAUUGCCAAAAUCAUAAACAUUAUAAAAUAUUUAUAUUACGUA